UCAGAGGACAUAAUUUGGUACAUGUUGAAGUUCGGGGGAAAAAAAUCUUAAUUAGCCAAAAAAAAAAUAAUAUAAUAGUACAAAAAGAUAAAUCAAGUUUUCAAAACUAAGUAAAAGAAAUCGUAAUACAAAAACAUAUUAAGGAGUUGAUAUUAUUUUACUUAUUGAAAUUAGGUCAAUAUUUUGUUAUUUUUCAGUUAAUUUCUAAUUAUUUUUUUGUUGUUUACAGUUGUUAUCAUAUUUUUUUUGUUAAGUUGUUGUAAGAUUGUUUUUUAUUUUACUGGAACACUAUAUUUUUAUAAUUUUAAAAUUUUAACACAUUAUUUUUAUAAACUUAAAACAUUAAAAAUAUUAAAAUCUACGUGUCUCAAUAUUUUUAUAAAAUUUCUAUAUCUUCCAUAACGAAGCUACAAUAAAAUCUCGUCAAUAUGGAGAAAAGAAUCAUUUGUUUUGUUUUUUUUUUUUUUUACUUUCUUUCUAAACAAACAGAACACAAAUUUCCCUUUUCAUAUUAGUCUUCUUUUUUUCUCGUGGUUAAGCUCAACUAAGCUUCUUUGGCAAGCCAUGGCCGCUUAAUUCACAAAAUGUACGUGGCUGAUGCUUUACAAAAGUUCAGUCUCAAGAAGGCUUCAAUACAAAAAGCCCUGGAUAUUGAUAAUCUGGCUGAUGGUGGGCCGCUUUCCUUCAAGGAGUAUGGUAAGCACAAGAUUUAUCUUGCUGGCCAAGACCAAUUCGAUGUCCCAAAUAGCGAAGAGCUUACUCAGAUGAAGGAAGAAAAUGCUAGGUUGCAUAAACAGCUUGAGGAACAAAAGAAAUCCAUUGGCGAUGUUGAAGGAGGUAACCCCUUCCAUUCUCUAGAAAUCAAAAGUUUGCAGUCAAAUUUGACACUGGAACAAAUACGUGCAAAGGAAGCCAAACUAAGAAUGGAGGUCAAAGAAAUGGAGGACAAACUGAAAUUACGUGGUGGAAUUACAUGCGAAGGCAGAAGAUCUGUUGAAAAAUUGUACACUGACAAAAUAAGUCAAUGGAGAAAGCGUAGAAGGAUGUUUAAAGAUUUGUGGGGUGCUAUUAUUGAGAACUUACCAAAGAAUCUCAAGGAAUUCAAGGUGUUAUUUUCAGUCCAUUCAAGGGUCUCUGGUUUGACUUUUGAGAAUGUGUUUUGCAAUGAAGAAUUUGGUAAUAAUAAAUAGAGAGGUGGUAAAAUUUGUUGGAAGAACUUGAAUAUGAUGAAGUGUUAGAAUUUGAGGAUAAUAUGGAUGGGUUCCAUCUCAAAACCAAUUGCCACUCAUUCACUUUAUAUAUGACAAUUUAUUUCCACAAACGCGGAACUAACUUUAAUGUGAAAACGUUGACGUGAGUUUACAGUCAUUCGGUGAGCUUCUACAAUGUGGUUAGAAGAGGCAGCGAGGCCAGUCGAUUUUUGUUUUGUCUUAUCUUAGCUAAUUACACAAAAUACAUAUGGUUCUUUUCUUGCUUUUUUCACUAGUGAAAAAUGCAGAUUCUGCGUUCUAUUAACUUGUAUAUUGGAGUUUCAGAAUCCAAUAUGGUUUAACCAUUUAUGUAUGUUAGAGGCUAAACUGCUACAUGACUCAUGAAAAUAGCUUACCAUUUAUGUAUAUUUAAGGUUAAACCUUUACAGUAAGGUUAAAUUGUAUAUAGUAUGUACAACAGUUUAUCCAAUUCAAAGUUUCGUAAACGAUUAAUUGAGGUAUAGCAGUUUCAUGAAUCAUGAAGCAACUACUUGUUUUCAGUAUUCUAAAGAAAAAAUAGCUAUUUUUAGUUUAGAUAUGCCUUGCGUAUGGUUAUAUUGGUUUAGUUUGUGGAAGAGAAUUUGAGAAAUGGUAACACUUAAAGCUAUUUCCAGUACAUGUGAAUUUAAUUGGUAAUAUUAGUCCUGGGUCACAGAGAAUGUACACAACUUAGAAACCUUCCAAUUUGAAACACUUCCAACUUCAUUAUAAAAGCUCAAAGCACAAAGAUAACGCUUUCAAAAGGCAAUAUACAUCGAACAGCUCAAUAAGUGAAAGUAAAAGAAGAAACAAAACAAAACAAAACAAAACUAUGAAGGGAAUAUACUUAUGUUAUCACCACACUAGCAAAAUUCAUAUGCAUAUGAAGACUGUAUCAGGAAAAGCCUCAAUACCCUCGCACUCGUCUAGUUCUCACCGAUAAUGGCCCUCUCUCUAAGUUUAAGCGCAUUGUACUCCCAGUCUCGGAGCUCUCAGCUUCAUGUUCCAUGGAGUUCUGUUGAGCUGAGUCGACCACCAGACCUGCUUGAAAUCUUGAAGGAAUUUGCAAUUUAGAUGGAACCUUACUAUUGUUUCCAGAUAUUGUCUCAUUGUCAUCCUCAUCAAAAACAACAUCCUUCUCUGAAAGAUUGCCUCGGGUU